AUGGCUGAAAAUCGAACAAUUCCAAGACACUAUAAUUCAAGAUCAAGAAAUCAAAUUGGUAAUCAAAGACAGCGACAGCGUUACUUCCUCCACCCCACAUCACAACCACACGUCGACCACACAGCGCCAGUCCAUGCCUAUCUGCAAGCUCCUCCGCCUGUAUUGGCUAUUGCUCCAAAUCCUCUGAUAGACACACGUGACCAGAGAACGCUGAUGGUGGCUAGAGAUCCCUCCGCUCUGGCCCAAGGAUAUCCAAUGCUCUACGGAGCGGAAGUUUCGCCGCCUACAUUUCCCACGAUGUCAAACAUAUCACCUGCUCCUGACGUGAUACUGCCAGCAGUAAACAAUGUUCCGGCACCAACCCAUACCUUGAAUAUGAUGUUCAGCAACCUUUCCGUCUCUGACCAGGCAUCUUCAAGGCCAUCAGUGGAGCCACGGUUACAAAGUGAUUCAACAUCUCGGGUGUUUUGCGGCCCACAGCUCCCACCCCACAUGCUAUUUAGAAUGAUGUUUGGUCCUGCAGUUCCACCUCUGUCUACAAUGAUCAACCACGGGUUCAUUUCUGGCUUGCCUACAGCUCAAGCCCAGACAGAUACCAGAGAUGAGGACGAAUGGAUUUCUCCAGAGUACAGAUAUAUUUCAAGCACAGAAGUGGGUGCAGUCUCUGAUAGACACAAUGGCGCUGAAAAUUCAGAUGUCAUGGAGAGAGACUCUAGACGUUACAGAACCAUCAUGUGUCCAAAUAAUAAUAACGGCGAGUGUCCAAAUGAAGACUGUCAGUAUAUGCAUGGCGCCACUUGCUACGUGUGCCGGAUGCCAAGACUAGACCUCUAUAGAGCAGACAGAAGGGAGAGACACCUAGAGGAGUGUUUAGUUGAGAUGAGUACAGGCAAGCAAUGUGGCAUUUGUCAAGCAAAUAUCCCACUGAGCCAUACCACAAAGAACUUCACCAUCCUCUUGAACUGCCCUCACAGUUUCUGCCAUCGCUGUCUCGAGAGUUGGCUCCUACAAAUGGACGAACAGAGCAACCGUUUCUGUCCUUUCUGCGACACUCCUUCCGCUAUUUUGUUCAAAUCAAACUAUUGGUUCAAUUCUGAAGAGUUGAAACAUGAAGUCAACGAGUACUUUGAGAGCCAUUUCCAGAGAGGAACUAUUGACUUGUUGAACUGUCCAGACUUUAGAUUUGUCUUGAAAAAAUUAUUUAGAUAUUUCAGAUUUUAG